CAUCAACGCCUCCACCACUACCUUUCUCAUAUGUAAAUGCUGACACACCAACAGUUCAGCUCCACCAGUCUCUUUUGGGAGAAAAGGAGCAGGAGCUUGAAAGAGCUUUCUCUGAUCUAGAUGUGUUAUUGGAAGAAGAAGUUACAGUUGAAGUUAAAAGACACACUGUUCUAGAAGAUGUACAAAGAAUUUACAGUAAUCAAAGUAUCAUCAAUAAACGUUUACAUGUUAACUUUAUUGGGGAAGAGGGAGAUGACUUUGGUGGGUUAACAAAAGAUCUUUUUUCUUCUUUUUGGAACAGUGCUUUCAUUCAGUGGUUUAAAGGUGAGGAUGCUCUUGUCCCAUGUAUACCAGUAAAUCAAUAUGCCAAAGCGCAGGACAUUUUUUCUGUUGUUGGUAACGUUUUGUCACAUAUGUGUCAGCUUAAUCAUUGCGUGCCACCCAGAUUUUGUAGAUCAACACUGCUAUCUGUUGUGUUUAAUACCUCUAUGAUUGAUAGUAGAACACUGUUGGAUGACUUUAUGCUCCAUGUAACAGUACCUGAACGAACCUUGCUGCAAAAGGCUUUGAAUAGUUUUGAAAAACUAAGCAUUUCUGAAAAAUCUGACUUGCUGACCUUUUAUUCUGUGAAUGGCAUGCACACAGUUCCUUCAGCUAAAGAUUUUAGAGAGCAACUGGUUCUUGUAGCACAAAAUGAACUGGUAAUAAAACCAAUGUUCUUGAAUUGCUUUAUAAGGCAGGCUAUUCCAGAGUCUCAUAUGAGAGCAUUUUGGUCACAGUUAGAUACAGACUUAAUUUCGUACCUGUACUGGCAGGAGAUGCCUACUGCAGACCGUGUGUUGCAGUGUAUAACAACUUCUGAAAAAGACCUGAAACCUGAAGAAGAAGUUGCUUAUUACUAUUUACGUGACUUCAUCAAGUCAGUGGAUCAGGAUGAAAUGUCCAAAUUUCUGCAUUUUGUUACAGGAUCCCCAUUACUGCCAAAUGAUGGCAUUACAAUAGUAUUUAAUAGACUUUGUGGUAGCCUGAGGAGACCUAUUGCACACACUUGUAGCAAUACACUAGAAAUACCAGUAAGCUAUGCUUCAGUACAGGACUUCAAACGAGAAAUGAAAUCCAUUCUAAAUUCAGAGAAUGCAUUUAUAAUGACAAUGCUUUAAGGUAGUGGUUAGAAUCACAGCAGCUAUAUCUGAAGUCAAGUGAUGUGAAGAAUCAUUUGACAAGGGAUGUUUUUAUAUAAAAAAUAUAUAUAUUUUACUUGUAAAUGCCCAACUACUUAAGCCUGCUUCUUUCAUAAUGAUUUGUAAAGCCUUGAUAGCAUGACUUCCCAGGAACACCACAGCGUAAAGCCUGUAAAAAAUGGAGGGUCAGCAAUCAGUUGAGAUAAAAUUUAUAGUUUUCUGUUCCAAUUCCCUUUUAAUCCAUUCCAAUUACUUUUAUGACAUAGGC